AUGGAUUCAAAGACACAAGUAGCAUAUAAGCCUCAUGCAGUUUGUAUUCCAUGCCCAGCUCAAAGUCACAUGAAGGCAAUGCUAAAGCUUUCAAAGCUUCUCCACCAUGAAGGGUUUCACAUAACCUUUGUGAACACUGAGUUCAUCCACCAACGUUUUAUGAAAUCCAGAGGUCUCAGCUCCUUAGAUGGCUUGUCUGACUUUCGAUUCGAAACCAUCCCCGAUGGCCUUCCUCCGUCAGAUAUCAACGCCUCCCAAGAUAUCCCUUCUCUUUGUGAAUCCAUUAUGAACAACUUCUUUGCUCCAUUUUCUAACCUCCUUGUAAAACUCAACAGCUCAACUUCAGAUAAUCCUCCAGUUACUUGUAUUGUUUCAGAUGCUGGCAUGGUGUUUACAAUUAUUGCUGCUCAAGAAUUCAAAAUCCCUGUUGUGUUCUUCUUCCCUAUCUCUGCUUGCAGCGUAAUGGGUGCUCUGCAGCUUCCUUCUCUCAAGGACAAAGGCAUCAUACCUCUUAAAGAUGAGAGUGAUCUAACAAAUGGGUAUCUUGACACAAUUAUAGACUGGAUUCCUGGUAUGAGAGAUAUACGUUUGAGGGAUCUUCCAAGCUUUGUACGAACCAUUGAUCCAAAUGAAAUUGUUUUUAGAUAUGUGGUUGAUGUAGCAGAGAGAGCUCCUAGUGCUUCAGGGAUUAUUGUUCACACAUUUGAUGAGUUAGAACAAGAAGUUUUGCAUGCUCUCUCUACCAUGUUUCCUCAUGUAUAUGCUAUUGGCCCUCUAGAACCACUACUCAAUCACUUAUCCAAUGAUCAUUUGGAAUCAAUUGGGUAUGGUUUAUGGAAGGAAGAAACCGAGUGCCUCAAUUGGCUUAAUUCAAAGACACCCAACUCUGUGAUAUAUGUGAGUUUUGGUAGCAUGGUUGUCAUGACACCAUCACAAUUAGUUGAGAUUGGUUGGGGACUUGUAAAUAGUAACCACUCAUUUUUGUGGAUAAUUAGGCCUGACUUAGUUGAAGGCGGAUCAACGAUUUUGUCACCUGAAUUUCAGGAGGAAAUUAAAGAAAGAGGUCUAAUAACUAGUUGGUGCCCUCAAGAGGAAGUGCUAAACCACCCCUCAAUUGGAGGGUUCUUGACACAUAGCGGCUGGAAUUCAACCAUUGAAAGUGUAUGCGCAGGAGUGCCAAUGCUUUGCUUACCAUUCUUUUCAGAUCAGCAAACAAAUUGCAAGUAUACUUGCAAUGAAUGGGCCAUCGGCAUGGAAAUUGACUUUGAUGUCAAAAGAGAGGAAGUAGAAAAGAUGGUAAGAGAAUUGUUGGAAGGAGAUAAGGGAAAGAAAAUGAAGAAAAAGGCCAUGGAGUGGAAAAAAUUGGCUGAAGAGGCCACAGGUCCACUUGGUUCCUCAUCCAUUAACUUAAAAAAUUUGGUGAGUGAAGUGCUUUUAUCAAAAGGCUAAUGUACCCUGCUAUUCUCCUUAAGCUUAGGAUCUGUUACUUCGCUUGUCUUUAGACUCUCUCUCAAUUUGGUCUUCUUUUUUUAAAGUUACUUUUAAUAUUUUCUUGUUUUUUCUUGUUUCCGAGGUUUUCCCUUUGUUGUAUUGUUAAUGUUAAUGUUUUUUAAUAAUAAACUGAAGGUAUUAUUUAAGA